AGGGGAGGGGCCUGCCCUUCUCCCGGUUCCACCUGUAAGGUCCCUCCCGGAGAGGUGGAGGAGGAGAGCAGCUAGGGCGGGCCCGGCCUGCCUCGCCCCAUAAAAGCUACCUGGACGGGAGGGCAGGAGGUAGCAGUCUGCGAAAGACUCCGGGCUUCGAGCACAGACAGCAAUGGGGUGGCUCAGCUUGCCGUCUUUCAUGCGGUGCGGCAACAAGGAGGAUUUCACUUUGUCUACUGAGAAAAUUACCGAAAAAGAUGAAGAGAGUGAACGAGGAAACUGGUCGCGCAAAUCAGACUACCUCCUCUCUAUGGUUGGCUAUGCCGUUGGCUUGGGGAAUGUCUGGCGCUUUCCAUACCUCACCUAUAAGGAUGGAGGAGGGGCCUUCUUGAUACCUUAUACCAUCAUGCUGGCUCUGGCUGGGCUGCCUUUGUUCUUCCUGGAAUGCUCGCUUGGGCAGUUUGCCAGCUUGGGACCCAUUUCUGUUUGGAGGAUUCUACCCCUUUUACAAGGAGUCGGAGUCACAAUGGUGAUCAUUUCAACGUUUGUGACCAUCUAUUACAAUGUCAUCAUUGGCUACAGCCUCUACUACUUGUUUGCCUCCUUCCAAAGCGUCCUCCCUUGGGCAGAUUGCAAUCCUGAGUGGGCCAAUGCAAAUUGCAGCAAGACGAGGCUAGUGUUAGACUGCAACAUUACAUUAGACAAUGAGACUACUAUCAACGCGAAUUACUCUUGGGUUGAGAAAAACAACUACACCUGCAUCAAUGGCACAAAGGUGUUUGCGAACACCCAGGCUCCCAGCGAACAAUACUGGAACAACAAGGUCCUUCAGCGUUCAAGUGGCUUAGACGAGACCGGGGAGGUUGUGUGGUACCUCGCCCUCUGCCUUCUCCUUUCCUGGCUGAUUGUGGCAGUGGCCUUGUUUAAAGGAAUCAAGUCUUCGGGAAAGAUUGUUUACUUCACAGCAAUCUUCCCCUACGUUGUCCUUGUGAUAUUGUUGGUCCGAGGUGCCACUCUAGACGGUGCUCUGGAGGGCAUUGAGUUCUACAUUGGAAAGCAGUCUAAUUUCACCAAGCUCACAGAGGCAGAGGUCUGGAAAGAUGCUGCCACGCAGAUUUUUUUCUCUCUGUCUGUUGCGUGGGGAGGGUUGGUCGCCCUCUCCUCAUACAACAAAUUCAACAACAACUGCUAUUCGGAUGCCAUUUUUGUCUGCGUGAUAAACUGCCUCACAAGCGUCUUUGCUGGUUUUGCGAUUUUCUCCAUCUUGGGACACAUGGCACACGAGGCAGGGAAGAAAGUCUCAGAAGUCGUCGAUUCAGGCUUUGAUCUGGCGUUUGUUGCCUAUCCAGAGGCCCUUUCGAAGCUCCCCGUCGCCCCCCUCUGGUCUUUCUUGUUCUUCUUCAUGCUCCUGCUCCUGGGGCUUGAUUCCCAGUUUGCUACUGUAGAGACCCUUACAACCACCAUCCAAGAUGUUUACCCCAAACUUAUGAAGAAAAUGAGGAUCCCAGUUACCUUGGGCCUGUGCACCGUGCUAUUCCUGCUUGGGCUUGUCUGUGUUACGCAGGCAGGGAUCUACUGGGUCAACCUGGUGGACCAUUUCUGUGCUGGCUGGGGGAUCCUUUUUGCAGCUGUCCUGGAGCUGGUGGGGAUCUGUUGGAUUUAUGGUGGAAACCGAUUUAUUGAAGACACUGAGAUGAUGAUUGGGAAGAAAAGCUGGUUGUUCUGGCUGUGGUGGAGAGCCUGCUGGUUUUUCAUCACACCUUUCCUCCUCCUCGCAAUUUUGAUUUGGUCUUUGGUCACAUUUGAGCGCCCAACAUUUGGCUCUGUGGAAUACCCAGUUUGGGGAGCUGCUGUUGGUUGGUGCAUGAUCAUGUUCUGCCUGAUUUGGAUUCCCAUCAUUGCUAUUUACAAGAUAUCAAAAGCAAAAGGGAGCUUGUGGCAGCGCAUUACUUUCUGCUGCAAGCCCCAGCCCAACUGGGGUCCCGCCCUAGAGCGCAAUCGUGGAGAAAGAUACCGCAACAUGGUUGACACAGAGAAGGAGAAAGACAUCGAAAUCCCGACUGUGGAUGCCUACGUGCACAAGCCAGAGUGAAGUGGCCCGUUGGGAGGCAAUUGGCACUCAUGUGCAGCAGAGAGAGUGGGUUUUUUGGGUUUGUGUGAACGGGGUUUUUUAUAUAUAUAUAUAUAUAAUGGAAGCCAUAUUAUUUAUUCUGAGAACUGUAUAUUGUGAUAGAUCAAUGGACAGCAAGUCAACGGAGCGUGGAGGCAGGUUCUUCGUCGCUAACAUGUACUGCCCUAUUGACCUGCCCAGUUGCUAGAUAUAGUGAGGAAGACAGCAUGUCUCCUGACCCCUUAGCUGGUGCUAAAACUGGUCCAUGCUAUGCAUGGGGAGAGCUGGAAGAAGUUCCAGAGUUUAGUCCCUGUUCCCAGGGGAGGCUGUAACAUAGAUCUUGCUAGGAGUGGGCUCCAUUCCCUAACCCAUCAUGAUCCAUUCCUGUAACGACCCUGCAGAAAUCCUCCCCGGAGUCUUAAUCCUCCACUGAAAAAAUAAGGGCAGCAGCCUUGCCCAUCCUAACAGGCUUUGUGAUAGGAAUACACUUCCAUAAUGCUCGAAGGUGAUUCAGUAUCACACAAGUGCCUUACCUAGAAGAAAGCAUUGUUGAAGUCAGUGGGAUGUAAUCCCAAAUAGAUUAGUUUUUUGACAAUUAGCUAUUGUUUCUGUAUUCCUGUUCCUGGAACUAUGUGUAUGAUACAUCAGAUCUAUAUCUGUAUUUCUGCAUCCAGGCAUUCCAAAUUUGGCACCACAGAAACCUGAGUGAUGUGCACUUUUUAUUUUAUUUUGCAUAAUUUAUUGUUUUUAUCCUCUUGCAAAAUAAUGAUGAUGAUGAUCAGAUUUUCUUCUUGAUGUAUAAGCCAGGUGCUCUCCACCCCUCAUGCAGUUGCUAAAGAUCCAGCCAACUCUUUGGCUUUGGGGGAUUUCAGAAGAAGAAGAAGAGUUUGGAUUUGAUAUCCCGCCUUUCACUCCCCUUAAGGAGUCUCAA